AUGGUUAAAUCGUACUUGAAGUACGAGCAUGCCAAAGCUUUUGGCGUGGUCGCCUCGAGCACCUCAAACAUUGUCUGGAUUGCGAAUGAUCGAACCGGCACAGGCGUUGGCCAAGCUGUUGUCGCCGCGAACGAGGAGGUUCUCUGCUGGGAUAUUAAGAAGGGAGAACUUCUGAGCCGUUGGCGCGAUGAUAGAUGCACUGUUCCCGUUACCUGCAUCGCGCAGAGUCAAACCGACAAGGACGUUUUUGCUGUCGGCUACGAGGACGGCAGCAUUCGCCUUUGGGACAGCAAAAUCUCUACCGUCAUUGUGAACUUCAACGGGCACAAAUCCGCCAUCACGAAACUCGUUUUCGAUAAAUCCGGAAUACGACUUGCAAGCGGAUCGAAAGACACCGACAUUAUCAUAUGGGAUCUCGUUGCUGAAGUCGGCCAAUUUAAGCUGAGGGGGCACAAAGAUCAAGUUACUGGUCUGCGGUUCAUCGAGCCAAACACUGAGGUACAAGAUGAGGAUGGGUCUCGUGCAAUGGUAUUGGAUGGUGAAAAAAGCUCGGACGGCUUCUUAUUGACUACCGGCAAAGACUCGCUGCUGAAACUUUGGGACCUUUCCUCUCGACACUGUAUCGAAACCCAUAUCUCGCAAACUAAUGGCGAAUGUUGGGCUCUCGGAGUUUCUCCCGGCCUUGAUGGCUGCAUCACGGCCGGAAACGACGGAGAGAUGAAGGUCUGGUCUCUUGACGUUGAGGGCCUAGCUGCCAGUGCUGGCAGAGUUGACGUCGCUGCUAUGAAGUUUGUUACCGGCCGUGGAACGCUACAUCGUCAAAUCAAGGAUCGAGCCGUUGAAGUUGAAUUUCACCCCAAGAAGGAAUAUUUCGCCGUUCACGGCUCAGACAAGGCUGUGGAGAUCUGGCGCAUGAGAAGCGAAGCCGAAGUCAAGAAGGGCCUUGCGCGUAAACGACGCAGGCGUCGUGAGAAGCAAAAGGACGCCAAGCAGGACGAACAAGAAGCUGAAGAAGACGAAGCAGCUGUAGAUGUUGCAUCGGCAGAUAUUAGCGACGUCUUUGUUCAGUACGUUGUGGUUAGAACAGGAGGAAAGCUGCGCUCCGCUGCCUGGGCUCUACCCACCGGACAAAAAGAUCUUCAUAUCCUUGUUGGCACCACAAACAAUCAGCUGGAAUAUUUUAACGUUCCUUCGAAAGAGAAGAGCGAAAAGAAGCUGAAGCAAGAUAUUCCCGAUUAUACACGAGCCCUCUCAGUCGAUCUUCCGGGCCACCGGGCGGACAUCAGAGCCCUCUCACUUAGCUCUGACGAUAAGAUGUUGGCAACCGCUGCAAACGGAUCUUUAAAAAUAUGGAACAUCAAAACACAGGCUUGCAUUCGAACCUUUGAAUGCGGAUAUGCUCUGAGCUGCGCGUUUUUGCCUGGGGACAAAGUCGUCGUGGUUGGAACUAAGAGUGGCGAGCUGCAACUAUUUGACGUUGCUUCGGCUGCUCUUCUCGAUAGCGUCGAUGCCCAUGAAGGCGCCAUUUGGUCGUUGAACGUUCACCCGGAUGGUCGCUCUGUGGUGUCUGGCAGUGCCGACAAGUCAGCCAAGUUCUGGGACUUCCGCAUAGUCCAAGAAGAAGUUCUUGGUACCAAGAGGACAACUCCUAAGCUGAAACUCGUACAUUCAAGAACACUCAAGGUCUCGGAUGAUAUCCUCUCCCUCAAAUUUUCUCCAGAUGGAAAAUACAUCGCUGCCGCUCUCCUUGACAACACAGUCAAGGUGUUCUUUGUCGACUCCCUCAAAUUAUAUCUUAACCUCUACGGCCACAAACUGCCCGUGCUCAGCAUGGACAUAUCAUACGAUAGCAAGCUGAUCGUCACAAGCUCGGCGGACAAGAACAUUCGCAUUUGGGGUCUGGACUUUGGUGAUUGCCACAAGGCUCUAUUUGGUCACCAAGACAGUAUUCUGCAGGUUGCAUUUGUGCCGCACAACUCAGACAGCAACGGCCACCACUUUUUCAGCAGCAGUAAAGACCGUACAAUUCGCUACUGGGAUGGCGACAAGUUUGAGCAGAUUCAGCGUCUCGAUGGCCACCAUGGUGAGGUCUGGGCGAUGGCUGUAAGCCACACUGGCAAUUUCCUCGUCAGUGCUAGCCACGAUAAGAGUAUCCGCGUUUGGGACGAAACGGACGAACAAAUCUUCCUCGAAGAAGAGCGCGAAAGGGAGAUUGAGGAGUUAUACGAAAGCACCCUGACCACAUCCCUUGAGCGAGACGAAGAUGCGGCCGACGCCAACGGCGAAUUUGGUGCUGCCAGCAAGCAAACCACGGAGACGUUGAUGGCCGGAGAGCGGAUAGCAGAGGCGCUGGAUCUGGGCAUGGCAGAUCUGAACCUCAUGAAGGAGUAUGAGCAAGCAAAGGAGAGCAACCCCAACGCCCCCGCCCCUCAACGACACAUCGUCUUUAUGGCCCUCGGCAACAUCACAGCGGAGGCGUACGUCCUAUCGGUGCUUCAAAAGAUCAAGGCUGCUGCUCUGCACGAUGCCUUGCUGGUGCUGCCUUUCGCGUCCGUACCCAUGCUCUUCACAUUUCUCAAUAUAUUCGCCAUGCGGUCAAUGAACAUUCCGCUCACGUGCCGCAUCCUCUUUUUUAUGCUCAAGACGCACCACAAGCAGAUUGUGGCGAGCCGGGCCAUGAAGACCAUGCUGGACGGCAUCCGUGCGAAUCUGCGCGCGACGCUCAAGAAGCAAAAGGACGAGAUGGGAUUCAACCUGGCCGCCCUCAAGGUGGUGGGCAUGCAGAUUCGUGAAAACAGCAUCAAGGACUACGUGGACGACACGUGGGAGGAGGAGAACCAAGAAAGAAGCGCAAAGAAGCGUGGAUUUGUACAUGUAGCAUGA